CCCGGCGGGGCGGGAGGGUCCGGGCGGUGGAGUCGCUGUGUCCCGGCGGCGUGGCGUGGAGCCCCCGCCGGGGCCGCGGGAACGAGCGCCUCGCGGAACUGCUACUCCCAGAGCAGCCCGGGACCCCCAUCUCCGCCCCGCCGCGCUCUCAGGCUCCGAGCACUACAACUCCCGGCAUGCCGUGAAAUUGACGGCCGCGCCUCCCGGGCGGAGUCCGGCCCUCCCGGCCGCCCCGCUCCCCCGCCCUGUCCCAGCCGCUCCUCCGACCGCGCGCGGAGCUGGGACGCGAGCCAUGGAGGAGACACCGCCCCCGUUGCUGGGCAGCAACAAGCCGCACCUGGAGAAGCUGACCUUGGGGGUCACCCGCAUCCUAGAAUCAUCCCCAGGUGUGACAGAGGUGACCAUCAUAGAAAAGGCGCCUGCUGAACGUCAUAUGAUUUCUUCAUGGGAACAAGUGUACCAUAUUGAUUUAUUUGCAGAUGUUGAACCAUCCAUUCAUCCCUGGAAUAACUUCCACAUGAAAAAUAACUGUGUGCUGCCUGAGGAUCUGAAGAACUUUUACCUGAUGACCAAUGGCUUCCACAUGACAUGGAAUGUGAAGCUGGAUGAACAUACCAUUCCAUUGGGCAGCAUGGCAAUUAACAGCAUCUCAAAACUGACUCAACUCAACCAGUCUUCCCUGUACUCACUUCCUAACGCACCAACUCUUGCAGACCUGGAGGACGAUACACAAGAAGCUAGUGAGAACCAGCCAGAGAAGCCUCACUUUGAUUCUCGCAGUGUAAUAUUUGAGCUGGAUCCUUGCAACGGAAAUGGGAAGGUUUGCCUUGUCUACAAAAGAGGGAAACCAGCAUUAGCACAAGACACUGAGAUCUGGUUCCUGGACAGAGCAUUAUACUGGCAUUUUCUCACAGAUACCUUUACUGCCUAUUAUCGCCUGCUCAUCACCCACCUGGGCCUGCCCCAGUGGCAGUAUGCUUUCACCAGCUAUGGCAUUAGCCCACAGGCCAAGCAAUGGUUCAACAUGUAUAAACCCAUCACCUACAACACAAACCUACUCACGGAAGAGACCGACUCCUUUGUGAACAAGCUGGAUCCCAGCAAAGUGUUCAAGAGCAAGAACAAGACCUUAAUCCCCAAAAAGAAAGGGUCUGUUCAGCCUGCAGGUGGCCAGAAAGGGCCUGCAGGUCCUCCUUCCACCUCUAAAUCCUCCUCUGGCUCUGGAAACCCUGUGCGAAAAUGAGCGCCCCACCACCAGCUCCCUGCCAGCCCCACAGUGACGAUUUCCAUGCACAGAUGCCGCAGGCACGGCCCAAGCCUCAGAUUCUGUGUGUGGAACCAUAAUCCUCUCCCCAUCUGAGUAACAAAAUCCUAGGCCCUUUUUACUGCCAUUGGCUUGAGCCAGGAGUUGGAAGGGCAUACUCAGGUCUCCCCAAGAAUCCUUCUCUCAUACCCCUUACAGCAGGUUGUGCCACCUACUGAUUCUGGAAGCUGUGGCGAAUAUAAGGUGUUGUGUAAGUGACUAAGUAGAUCUGUUAAGAGCUUUCUUCUCUUUCUACUCCAACCCCCUACCCCUCAGCAGUAAUUAGAGGAGUCCACCAUAGAAACCACUGGUUUUGACCUAUGAGGCAUUAGAACUAUGCUGCUCAAUUGGUAGCCACUUUUUAAAGCAGCUAAAUUUAAGCCAUGUUAAAAAUUCAGAUCCUCGGUUAUAUUAGCCACAAUGGGAGUAUCAUGUGGCUAGUGGAUUCUGUAUUAGCACAGAGAUGAUCAAACAUUUCUAUCAUCACAGAAAGUUCUAUUGGGCAGCACUGCAUUAGAAUACUUUUGCAUUACCCUUCCUCAGAUCAGUUAAUUUUUGUUAGAGAAUAUUGAUACCUUAAUUUGAUGGGUUAUAAUGUUCCAUGAAAAACCUUGAAUAUACAUUUUUAUGUUCUUUAUAUCCUUUACCACAAACAGAUCUUGCUUUGCUCAUUUUCAGUUUCCUAUAGUUUCUCAUGUUCAUCAGUUUCCUAUAAAGCUUCUUGUUUCCAGUUUUGUGAUGUGAUGUUUGCACAUUUGCCAAAAUUAUCUUUCUCACUUUUUUUAAAAAGAAGAGGUGAUUCUGCUGUACCAUUAAAACCAAAACAAAAUAAA